CGUAACUUUUUGCGUUAGGUUUCAGUUGGAUGCCAGCAUCGGCAGCCUAUGUUUGUCAUUAUGUUGGCCCAAUGUUUGGUGUUAGUCGUUUUGUUAUGGAGAGUGGAAGGUGCCACCAUGAAUAUGAGCUGUCCUGUGGUGACGCCACGGGAAUUGGACUGGAAAGCGUUGGACGGCAUCUGGUACUUGACAGCAGUGGCCACGGAAGACAUGGCGGUGCAGGGUGACUGUGCCACCGUACUAUUUGACCACCAGAAUACCACAGACGUCUCCAUCAGCUGGAUCACGAACAACACAGUGACUUACUACAAUGGUUCUGUGGCCCUCAUCCCGGAUCCUAACAGCAACAGCACUGGGGAUCUACUGCUUGUCACUUAUGAUGAUGAAAAGACUGAAACCUAUUCAUUUCUCGACGUAAACUACGAGCAUUAUGCUGUUAUCUUCGCUUGCUAUAAUAAUGAGGAUGGAAACAGCAGUACCUAUGAAAUAUGGAAGCUAACACGUACACCACAUUUGAAGGACACAGAUGCAGUCAAACUGGACCAGGCUAUAGCCAACUACAGUCUUCAAGAUACGCCAUUCUUCACUUUUAACAACACAGAAGAUACUUGUAGAGUGAACGGAGGAAACCAUCUUGAUUCUUCCACCCUGAUCAUGACGUCAGCAGCCGCACUUGCCUUAUUCAGAAGAUUUUAUUAAAAUCAAUCAAUUUAAUGCUAUAACAUAGGAAAGAUGACUAAAAUGUUUACCAAUGUUCGUUUAGUAGAUGAAUGAAAAUUAAUGGAUACGCAUUUUUCUUUUUUUUUAUAGAAUCAAAAAUUUAAGACGAUACAUUGAUUAGAAAUGUCACAUGACGUCACUUCUACGUGACAAUGUACGUAGAGCAGUGUAGAAGUGAUAUUUUGUGUAUUCAAUUACAUCCUCUUUGAUUUAGCUAAGUGUUUGUUUCUUGUUUAAAAGGAAAACAAAAAAUACGUGCCCAUUAUUUUUCCUAAUCUUCUAACUAAUGGACGAAGGUAGAUGUUUCUUUUUCAUUCCGUGUUCGAAAUCUGUCAAAGUCAAAGUCAAAAACUGUAUUCAUAAACAUGCAUUUCUUGUAUUCCUUAUCAUUUUUGUUUGAUUGAAUUUAUAAUUAAUAUAAGGUUAUAUAAGAAAUUCAUAUUCUGUGAUUCCAUUAACUUCAUUGUUAUUUCUGCUUCUUGAUAUUUUGGAAUUUUUGAAUAUCUUUAUGACAAAUUGAAUGUUUCAUAUGUUUACUGCGUUCUACAUCAUUGAUUGUUUAACAAAACACUUCCAAUCAGUAAUUUCACACGAUCUGAUUAUCUGUUGAUUUAAAUCAAUCGGAUACCUAUGUGUUCAAGUGAAAAGUGAUUUCACAUUUUCUGUACCUACUUACUUAUCAGCAUAUAUUUUUCAACACAUGUUAAGCAUAUUUAUUUAUUAUGUUUAUGGUUAUUCUGUAUGUAAUUUAACUAACUAUUGAGGUAUUAAUUUAUUUUAAGUAUAAGGAUUAAACUAAUUUGUUCAAAA